GGCUGCCUUCGCCCCUCCUCUUUGCGGCGAAUGUGCCGUUCUGCGAGCAGCGUCAACGGCGGGUGGCUGUCGCCGGCUGCCGCGGCGAUGGCCGGGAUGGCGAGGAGGAACAGGAAAAUUGUUAAUUAUUCAGAAUUUGGGGACUUUGAAGAUGGUGAUGAAGACUUUGCCUGCAUAGCUGCACCUUUGACAAAAAAAUCCAGAACGCAGCCUAAGGAACCAAAAAAGGAGAAAAAGAAGCAGCAAAAAACACAAAAAGAAUUGACUCCAUCACAAAAACAGUUACCCGUUGGAAGAACAUCCUUGGAUGACAGUUUCUGUGAGAGGGAUUUGAACGUUACUGUGGCCUUGUCCAUCAAGGAAAAAUCGGCAAAUAUUCAUGAAGUGCAAAAUUCAAAAGAACAAGGUUAUUGUCUCAGUCCGGUUCUAGAUGAUGACUUACCUAGGAAUGGCUGCAGGCAAAUGACAACAUCAUUUACAGCUUUCUCGCAUCAGAAGUUACUGACCACUGACAGCUGUAACAGAGAUCAUGUUACUGACUCUGAACCAGUGACUGUACCAGAUGAGGAAUCAGAAGUAGAUUCAGAUUAUAGUGAAGGUAAUGAUGAGGACUCUGCUAUGGAAAAUAUGAAAUUCAAAGGAAAUAAAAAGGAAAUAAAGAGGCAGUCUGGAAAAGAAAAUAAGACUCCUAAAUCUGAGAAUACUACUACUGAACUGAAAUGUAAGCAAGCACAAAAGAUGUCCACAUCUGCAGAACCAGUUGGAAGGCCUUUAUGCACAUCAAGUCCUGUAACAAACAGGAAGCCCAAAUGGACACCACCAGCUGCAACAGGAACAAGUAACAACUCUGUGAAAUACGCUUCAGUUAAAUCACCUACUCAGUGUCUUAGGCUUGGCCUUUCCAGACUAGCAAGAGUCAAACCACUGCAUCCCAAUCCCACCAGCAGAUAAGUGGUCAGUGACAAGUUGCCAUGUUGAAGGACUGUGUUUGGAAAAGACUUGGGAACACAUUUUCUGUAUAAACAGAGUGUGGAAAGCCACUGGGCAACAAAAGCUUCAUGACAUCGUUGGUUUUCUAGGAUAGUUGUUUAGGUACAUUUCUGAUAUUACAGAGUUUUGUUUUGUAAAAUUCUAGGCGUCCUUAAGUGCUACUGCAUAAUACUAUUUAAUCAAGGUAACAUCUGGGUCAUCAACUCAUUAUGAGUUAUACUCAAAAAUACCUGUUCUCUAAUUCUCUGCUAUGUGAACUCAGCAUUAAAAUGUUCUAAUCAGCACUAUGUCAAUUAUGGAAUUCACUAUCUCAAAUAGAUUCUUUAAUACAAGUGAAAGUGGUGUUUAAAAAUAUUUCUUGGAAGACUUAAGUCAUCACUCUUAUCCCCUCUUCUUCACUUUCAGAAUUUAAGGUUUGCAUAUCUUAAAUGUGUUUUUAAUUGUUUUUUUUUAAUGUAUUUUAGAUAGAAAUUGUAUUUAAAAUGUAUUUUGAAAAAAAAAAAGAGAAUAAAAUAUAUAGUCUAAUGAUUCUUAGUAAUUGUUUUUCUUACUUUUGCAGUUAACUUCCAAAUUUUGUAUACAGCUCUGCAAAUAUGGGGAUAACUUAUUGGAAGUCAAUAAUAUUAGUUAGGCUCAGACAAUGGCAUCUUGGCUUGGGCUCCUUAGUCUUAAUCUUAGUUGAAAACUGUGAUGUCCUGUGUACAUGUGGGAUUUAUAAAGCUUGAAGUGAUUGUUACUGAGUCAUGAGACUGACUUUUUAGACAGUUUCCCAUCUAAGCAUAUUAUGCCAGAUGCUAGAAUUGGCCCUGUAUUAAUUGAAGGAUUUUGUCGUAAACAACUGUAUUUGCAUUUACAUAACUCAUGUUAUCUGACUGCAUGAUGUACACGAUAGUGUUAAAAGAAUGCAAGAUCCUAUUGCUCAAAGUAGUUAUGGAGGCAAAAGCAAGGUAUUACCUAAGGUAAAAAAAAAA